AUGGAAAGUAGUUGGGUGUGCUGUGGAGUUUGUGGGUUGCCGAUAGCUGUGUCACCGGGGGCCCGAACUAUCUGGUGUUCCCGCUGUAGAUUAACCAACUAUCUUCUUCCACCGACGGACACCAUUGGUAGAGUGCAGGAGCAGGUUCUCUACGGUCUAGAUUGGAUCAAGGGUUUCUUAUCCAACGUGUCUGGCACCGCCAUAAACUAUGCUGCUGCUAACCCCUCGUUGAAUAACAAACCGCCACUAACAGUUGUGAUGAAUUACAGUGGCGGCUAUUACUCUCCUCCUCCUCCUCCUCCUCUGCCCGCACCAGCUUCAUGUCCUUAUCCGGCGGUGGCAGGAGGGAAGAAGCGGGCACUUCUUUGUGGAGUGAGUUACAAAUCUCGAAGAUACGAGCUCAAAGGCAGCAUUAAUGACGUUAAUUGCAUGAGAUACUUCUUGGUUCAAAAGUUGGGAUUUCCAAAUGAGUCCGUCUUUGUUCUCACAGAAGAGGAGCCACAUCCAGACCACAUUCCAACUAAAAGAAAUAUCCAGAAGGCAUUGCAAUGGCUCAUCCGUGAUUGCAAGUCAGGGGAUUCAUUGGUGUUUCACUAUUCAGGCCAUGGUUCACAAAAACUAAACCUCACUGGAGAUGAAAUUGAUGGUUAUGAUGAAACCCUUUGCCCUCUUGAUUACCAAACAGAAGGAAUGAUUCUUGAUGAUGAGAUCAAUGCUACCAUCGUCAGGCCUCUCCCUACAGGGGCCAUACUUCAUGCCAUUAUUGAUGCUUGCCAUAGUGGAACCGUUCUUGAUCUACCGUUCGUCUGCAAGAUCAACCGAAAUGGAAGUCACUGGUGGCAAGAUCAAAGCUGUCCUUCAGGUGUCUACAAAGGGACAAGUGGUGGACUAGCUCUCUGUUUCAGUGCUUGUGAUGAUCAUCAGACCUCGGCAGAUACAGAUGCUUUCUCAUCAGGAACUAUUAUGCAAGGUGCCAUGACAUAUAGUUUCAUUCGUGCUGUGGAAAACACACCUGGAUUGACAUAUGGUCACUUACUCACUUCCAUGAGAUCUGCUAUUCGAGAUGUUAACACAGGACUAAGGUUCAAUGGUCCAAUCGCAUUCCUCAUAAAAAAAGUAUUUCGCAGGCGGCUAUCUAAGCAGGUUUUUGCUUUUUCUCUCUUUGAGCCAUGGUUCACACAACAAGAAGACCUCGAUGGAGAUGAAAUUGAUGGUUAUGACAAGACCCUUUGCCCUCUUGAUUACCAAACACAAGGGCUAAUCCUUGAUGAUGAGAUCAAUGCUACCAUAGUCAGACCUCUCCCUAAAGGUGCCACGCUUCAUGCCAUGAUUGAUGCUUGCCAUAGUGGAACAAAUCUUGAUCUAUCGUUCCUUUGCAAAAUCAAAAGUUAG